AUGGCGGGGCUUCACUUCUUGCUCGUACCGCUGGUGGCGCAGGGCCACAUCAUCCCGAUGGUGGACCUGGCGCGCCUCCUCGCCGGCCGGGGCGCGCGAGUCACCGUGGUCACCACGCCCGUCAACGCCGCGCGCAACCGGGCCGUCGUAGAAAGCGCCCGGUGGGCGGGGCUCGACGUCGAGAUCGCGUUCCCCGGCCUGGGCCACGGGCUGUCGGAGGGUCUGGAGAACAUGGACCUGCUCACGGAGAGGGAGCACUUCCUGCCCUUCUUCCAGGCCGCGUGGAGCAUGGACGCGCCGCUGGAGGAGUACGUGCGGUCGCUGCCCCGUCGCCUGGACUGCCUCAUCGCUGACUCAUGCAACCCGUGGACGGCGGGGGUGUGCGCCCGCCACGGCAUCCCGCGCCUGGUGCUCCACUGCCCGUCCACCUACUUCCUCCUCGCCAUGCACAGCCUGUCCAAGCACGGCGUCCACGACCGCGUCGCCGACGAGCUUGAGACGUUCGAGGUUCCCGACUUCCCGGUGCCCGCCGUCGCGAACAAGGCCACGUUCCGCGGCUUCUUCCAGUGGCCCGGCGCGGAGGGCUUCCAGCGCGACGUCGACGAGGCCGAGGCCACCGCCGACGGCCUGCUGCUCAACACCUUCCGCGACAUCGAGGGCGUCUUCGUCGACCGCUACGCGGAGGCACUGGGACGGAAGACCUUCGGCAGCCUGGCGCACCUGCCGGCGAAGCAGGUCAUCGAGCUCGGCCGCGGCCUCGAGGCGUCGGAGCGGCCGUUCGUCUGGGCCAUCAAGGAGGCCAAUUCCAACGCCGACGUGCAGGCGUGGCUCGCCGAGGGGUUCGAGGAGCGCGUCAAGGACAGGGGGCUCCUGGUCCGCGGGUGGGCGCCGCAGGUGACCAUCCUCUCGCACCCCGCGGUGGGCGGCUUCUUGACCCACUGCGGGUGGAACGCCGCGCUGGAAGCCAUCGCCCACGGCGUGCCGGUGCUGACGUGGCCCAACUUCUCCGAUCAGUUCAGCAGCGAGCGGCUGCUCGUAGACGUCCUCGAUGUCGGCGUCAGGUCCGGUGUCAAGGUGCCCGCCAUGUUCCUACCCAAGGAGGCCGAGGGGGUGCAGGUGACGAGCGCCGCCGUGGAGAAAGCGGUGGCCGAGCUGAUGGACGAGGGGCCCAAGGGGACGGCGAGGAGAGCGAGGGCCAAGGACCUCGCCGCGAAGGCGAAGGCAGCCAUGGAGGAAGGUGGGUCGUCGUACGCCGACUUGACCGACAUGAUUCACCACGUCGCGGUGCUCGGCGGUAAAAGAAAGAUCCAUGAGGUGGACACGAGCGCGAGGGCUAUGCCUUCGAUUAUACACUAG